GGUUUCAUGGCUCGGCUUGUUAUCUUGGACUUUCCUAGACAGCUGUCUUAAACGUUCUUUUCGCUCUUAAAUGUAAUGUUUGAAUUUUCUGUCCAGUGAAUUUUAUCAUAUCUAGACACAAAAGCAUUUCUAAGUUAGUUUAUGAAACGCAGUGUAGUCUUUCCUUGAUAUUGCUGACAACGUGCUACAUUUAAGCUACCAUGUCGUUCUUCAAACGUAAGUCAAUUGUAGAACGAGAUAUGAGACACUGUUUAAGAGUUAUUUGAUUUAUUAAAAGAGAAAUAAAGUAAUUUGUUGUUAACAAUGUUAUAAUUUAAUUCGGUAUACACAUUUGGUUUAGGUCAGGAGGAAGGAAUUUGAGUGAGUGCAGUGAGGCAGAAUGGGAGGAGACAAAGAGGGCAAGAGUAAGGAGUAUUAUAUGUGUUAAGGGUUAAUUUGUGGAUGAUAACUGUUAAAUAUUGAGUAUGGGUGUAAGCUGUAAUGUAGAGAUAGUCAGUGUGUAGCAUGACUAAGUAAGGACUGUUUUCUGAUGGACUUUGGAGGUAAUUGAGAUAGUGUAGUUAGUCAUGGUAGACCAUGGCCUAAGUAAUGACUGGUUUUUGAGGGAUUUUGGAGAUAAGUGGUUAUUUAACUGUAGUCAGGGUAUAUAGCAUAUAGCAUGGCUAUAGUAAGUAUUGGUUCCUAAAAGAGUUUAGCUGUAAAGGUAAUGUGGAGGUCGCUAGGGUAUAGCAUGGCUUAAUUUGGGACUGGUUCCUGUUGGAGUUUUGAGGUAAGUAGGUAUGUAGAGCUAGUCAGGGUAAAGCAUUGCUAAGUUGGGACUUGUUCCUGUAAUUGAAACUCAAACAAGUGCACAGUUGUUAAGGGAGAGUGAUAGAGUCUUUGUUGGAAAUAAGGGAAGAGGUGAGAGUUUUCAAAAAAAAAAAUUAGCUCAUCGAAAUGCUAUAUGCAUGAUGAAGAAAUGGUGUGGGACUUCCUGGACUCAAUGUGACGUCAAUGUGAAUGUCGCGACGUCAAUUUUGAAGGAUGAAACCAGAAACACCAAAUACGUUUUUCUGAUUUGGAUUGACAUCCCUAACACAGUCCUAUUAUAUCAAAAGUAACUUUAAAAUCAUCUUUAGCAGAUGCGAGGAAUUACAGAAUAGAUAUAUAAUGUAACAAAUUUAACUACAACUUGUUCCUAUAAGGGAUUGAUUAUUCGAGUUCAAGUUUUAAAAAGAAAAAAAUUGCAUCACUCAUAAAAAAUUUAUUGCAAGAAAUUUUUUAAAAUAAAUCUCCUUUAACACCACUUACGUUUAUGAUUUAUUACCAGAAAUCUCGGUCGAAUUUCAGCUAAUACAAGUUUUCUUGGAAAUUCUCAGAUCCAAGGAAUUAACUGGUAUACUCAUAUUUUUCAAAUAAAGAGUGUCAUAGAUAGUCACUAUAUAAAAAUACAAUUAACAGAAAAGGAACGUUAAUCUUUUAAAAGACAUUAGAAAUGAACUUGGCGUCUCUUUUCUUUUUUUGCAUUUGCUCUGAGCUAAAUGUACACGUGUAUGGGUGUGUGUAUUUCGCUUCCCAAACACUCUAAACUCAAAAUACUCUACAGUGACACAGUCAAUACAGUGUUUGCACUUCUUUGUCUAAGACAAGAAAUGAUCUGAGAAAGAAAGAUAUUUAUUACAGGGCAUUGUCUUAACAAGGAACUAUUAAAAUUUGAAGUCUUCAGGGCACCUCGCCACUUUGCGAAGUAUGGAAGGAAUAAAAUACAAUUUUAAUUUUGAGGUUAGACAAAUAUUUUUAUGAUUUAAUUGAUUAUCUAAAAAUAAUUUGUGUGUGUGUGAAUGGGCUGACUUUUUGUGAGUACCUAACACAAAAUAUGAAAUUUAAUUUUUAUGGUUUUCCUUUGUAUAUAUAAAUAUAUAUAAAUAUAUAUAUAUAAAUAUAUAUAAAUAUAUAUAUAUAUAAAUAUAUAUAAAUAUAUAUAUAUAUAUAUAUAUAUAUAUAUAUAUAUAUAUAUAUUAAUGACGUUUUAAAUUGUAUAUUUUCUCUUUAGUGCUGCCAAGUUUAAACUAAUUAUUAAUGUUCAAACAUUUUCCACAGUGAGGUUUAUUUUUCUAUUAAUGUGUUUCUUCCACCCUACUAAAAGUUUCAGGAACACAUUUACCAAAAGAUUUCACAAAUCCUUCGUAAUUACCAACAUCUCACUACUGGUUACACAUAUCCCAUUAUUACAGUAAAAGGAUGAAAUUGUAUACCUUUGUGUGUACACUUUCAAUUCAUUAGAGCAUAUGCGGUUCUAGGAGCCAUAGUUUGAUUCACGUUGAUCGGGGUGUUGAAACAAGGUUGUGUUAAUCCAUUUAAAAUAAAAGGGAAAUUACAUAUUUUUUUUAAAAAUUAUAAGGAGAUAUUUUCGUAUCUGCAUAGGAGUGUAUUUAUUUGCUUCUUUGCUAAAAAAAAAUGAAGCCCCUUAGGCUUAAUGCCCGCACCUUUGGAAAGGUUGCAGGUGGACACUGCAACAAUUACCUGUACCCAAAGAGCUGUAAAUUAAAAAAAAGAGAAACAAAUGAAAAAAAAAAAUGCAGAUAAGAUUUUAUAUUUUGGCGCUCCGAGACAAGCUUGAGUUGAACGCUGAAUUCGCAUGGACGGCAAUUAAUAUGCUGGCAUCUCCAAUAAUUUUGUCCUUAUCUUCAGCCAACGGUGGGCUUCUUGAAAUAGUUCAAAAUAUUUUUGUUUUAAAUAAAAGACGUUCAGUUCUUAUCGUUUAAUAACGUAGAAGUGAUUAUAAUUGAAAUAAUUAUGGCGACAACCAAAUCUUAUCUCUUAAUUUUUUAAAGGGCGAAAUUUGUUGCAUUAAACCUGAACUUUUAUUGUUUUAUUUACACCUAUUGUUUGUGUCUAAUUAAUCUACAUUAAAAGACUAUUACGCAUGGAGAAAGAAUGCAAUUGUUUUUGUUGGGUUUGAGAGGUGAGCAGGUUGUUUUAAACAUUAAGUAGGAUCGAUUUUGUCGGUACAUUUUCAUUAUGGAUUUUGCUAUACGUUUUAGAGCUACCAAAUAUUUUUGAUGAUCCACAAUCACAUAAAAGAUCGCAUCAAAACUAAUAUAUAUAUAUAUAUCACAUAUAUAUAUUAAAUUUAAAUGCGUAUUUGAUUUAGUAUGACAUAAACUUGAUGUAAUUUCUUAGACCGAAGAUAAUUAUUUAUAUAUAUAAGUUAAGGAUUACAAAAAUUUUUAAUUGUUUCAAAAAUGUUUGCAUAAAUGGUAGAGAUUGUUGAAAGCUGAAAUUGUUCCAUGAAUUUCCUGUAUGGUAUAUGAUGAAAUUGUGUCUUCCUUUAAAAAAAAAUAAUUAAGUCUAAUUUUCGGGUGUUCGGAUGUUCGGGUAGGGUCGUUUAUGUGAAAGCCUAUACAAGACUACAAACAGAAAUAAGUAAUGGCAUUUGCAAGGCAUAUUAUCUACUCCAUAGAAAUUUGGGAGAGAAGUUUAAUCUUUGCUUUAACUCGUUCACUGACCCUCACUUUCCUGUCUAUCUCUCUGAACUGUUGCUUCCUUACAUCCCCACAAGACAACUACGUUCUUCCAUUGACAGUAGAACCCUCUCAAUCCCAAGAACUAAAACUAAGAAAACUCAUCUGUUUAGGUCCGCCUAUGACCUGUGAUGCACCCUCCUUGCCCUACCUAAUUUUCUGUUUCGGUUUAAUCCUGAAGUGUCAAAGUGUCCUCUUUUUAUAGCCAUUUUCAUUGUUUCUAUAUAAUAGUAGUUACUAUCCUAGUGUCUCAUUUGUAUUUACUUAGUUUACUUGUUUUAAUAAUUGUAAAGCGCUUAGAGCUUUAUGAUAAGCGCUAUAUAAAAAAUGCCUAAAUAAAUAAAUAAAUAAGUUUUAAAAAAAAUAAAUUGAAAUAAAAAUUAAAUAAAAGUUCAAAUUAAGGAUAUAUUGGUCAGCAGAAGUCAGGACGAAGAUGGGGGUUGGGGGAGGGGAACGGAAUAGAAAGCAAGAUUCGGCGAAGAGUUGAGUUUGUAGUGGAUGAAGUAGAAGAGUUGAGUUUGUAGUGGAUGAAGUAGAAGAGUUGAGUUUGUAGUCGAUGUAGAAGAAGAGUUGAGUUUGUAGUGGAUGAAGUAGAAGAGUUGAGUUUGUAGUCGAUGUAGAAGAAGAGUUGAGUUUGUAGUGGAUGAAGUAGAAGAGUUGAGUUUGUAGUGGAUGUAGAAGAAGAGUUGAGUUUGUAGUGGAUGAAGUAGAAGAGUUGAGUUUGUAGUCGAUGUAGAAGAAGAGUUGAGUUUGUAGUGGAUGAUGUAGUGGAUGAAGUAGAAGAGUUGAGUUUGUAGUGGAUGUAGAAGAAGAGUUGAGUUUGUAGUGGAUGAAGUAGAAGAGUUGAGUUUGUAGUCGAUGUAGAAGAAGAGUUGAGUUUGUAGUGGAUGUAGAAGAAGAGUUGAGUUUGUAGUGGAUGAAGUAGAAGAGUUGAGUUUGUAGUGGAUGUAGAAGAAGAGUUGAGUUUGUAGUCGAUGUAGAAGAAGAGUUGAGUUUGUAGUGGAUGAAGUAGAAGAGUUGAGUUUGUAGGGGAUGUAGAAGAAGAGUUGAGUUUGUAGUGGAUGAAGUAGAAGAGUUGAGUUUGUAGUCGAUGUAGAAGAAGAGUUGAGUUUGUAGUGGAUGAAGUAGAAGAGUUGAGUUUGUAGUCGAUGUAGAAGAAGAGUUGAGUUUGUAGUGGAUGAAGUAGAAGAGUUGAGUUUGUAGUGGAUGUAGAAGAAGAGUUGAGUUUGUAGUGGAUGAAGUAGAAGAGUUGAGUUUGUAGUCGAUGUAGAAGAAGAGUUGAGUUUGUAGUGGAUGAAGUAGAAGAGUUGAGUUUGUAGUCGAUGUAGAAGAAGAGUUGAGUUUGUAGUGGAUGAAGUAGAAGAGUUGAGUUUGUAGUCGAUGUAGAAGAAGAGUUGAGUUUGUAGUGGAUGAAGUAGAAGAGUUGAGUUUGUAGUCGAUGUAGAAGAAGAGUUGAGUUUGUAGUGGAUGAAGUAGAAGAGUUGAGUUUGUAGUCGAUGUAGAAGAAGAGUUGAGUUUGUAGUGGAUGAAGUAGAAGAGUUGAGUUUGUAGUCGAUGUAGAAGAAGAGUUGAGUUUGUAGUGGAUGAAGUAGAAGAGCUGAGUUUGUAGUCGAUGUAGAAGAAGAGUUGAGUUUGUAGUGGAUGAAGUAGAAGAGUUGAGUUUGUAGUCGAUGUAGAAGAAGAGUUGAGUUUGUAGUGGAUGAAGUAGAAGAGUUGAGUUUGUAGUCGAUGUAGAAGAAGAGUUGAGUUUGUAGUGGAUGAAGUAGAAGAGCUGAGUUUGUAGUCGAUGUAGAAGAAGAGUUGAGUUUGUAGUGGAUGAAGUAGAAGAGUUGAGUUUGUAGUGGAUGAAGUAGAAGAGUUGAGUUUGUAGUGGAUGAAGUAGAAGAGUUGAGUUUGUAGUGGAUGAAGUAGAAGAGUUCAGCUUGUAGGGGAUGAAGUAGAAGAGCUGAGUUUCUAAUGGAUGUGGUAGAAGAUUUUGAUAUUUAGGGAGAGAGAAUAAGCGAUUUUGUUGAGAAUUUUUAUGAGAGAAUAUAGUGGUAUGAAUGGAUCGAUCAUCAUUGAUCCAAAACAAAAAAUGGAAGAAUUUAAAAUUGUAGUACAAUUGUAGCGCCUCAUUUUGUCCAAUGUUAUAUGGGUGUUUCAUUCAAGUUAGUUUAUUCAAUAAUUUGUGCAUUUUCAAAAUUUAUUUUUUCAGGUUUAUUUAUGAAGCCCCGGGAAAAGUAUGCUGAAGAAAAAGAUGAUCCCAACAAUUGCAGCGAUUCAACGUUAAAUUACCUGCUCAUAGGGAAAGCUGGCAAUGGGAAGAGUUCCUCCGGAAAUUCUUUGGUAGGGGAAACAGUUUUUAAAUCUUUUGAUGCAUCAACAGCGGGAACUAAAUUUGUAUAUAGUUAUAAAACCAAACGAUUUGGAAAAGAGAUGUGUGUUGUUGACACACCUGGGUUACACGACACCGAACUUCAGGCAGCUAUUGAAAACGCUAGAUUUGCAAGGAAAUAUAUGACGAAAGCUUUUAAGGUUUGCCCUGAAGGCUUCCAUGCAAUGCUGAUCGUUUUAAACAUCACCAACAAGUAUACCGCCGAGGACAAUAAUGUGAUUGAGUUACUGACAGAUAUUUUCGGAGAGGUUAUGUUUGAUUACACCAUUCUAAUCUUUACUCGUGGAGACAACUUUGAUAAUGAACAUCAUUUGUGUGAUGCCGACAGGAGUCAAGAAUUUUUUAAGUAUUGGUGUAAACAACAAGCAGAUGAUCUUGGAGAAUUACUAAAGAAAUGUCAGUACAGGGCUGUGUUGUUUCACAACACAGACACAUAUGAAUUACAAAGAGAUGUGGAGUUACUUGCUUUAGAUAUUGAAAUGAAAAAAAUAUCAGGUAAAAGAGGUCUAUAUACAGAAAGAACUUUCCAAUUGAAUGAACACAGAAGAAUACAUUUGAUAUUAAAUAAAUAUCAACCUGAACUUGAGAAAGAAAUUGAUGAAAAACUGCUAACUCUGAAGAAAGAACUUCAGCUCAUUAAAUCAGAUGGUGCGAAAAUUACAGAAAAGGCUAUAGAAGCUUUAGAAGCUAUAAAUAAUCAUGACUCUAAGUAUCCUACUCUAGAUACCGUGAAGGAGGCUAUAGAAAUUCUAAAAAAUAAUUUUGGGCUUGAAAAAACAAAUCAAGAAAAGUUUCACCUAACUACAAAGGUUCAGGAAAUAAUUGAUGGUCCAGUUUUACUUGAGCUAAGGUCAUUGAGUGAUGUCAUUGACAACAUCAGAAAUCCUGAAAAACACAAAGAGGAACUGAAAAACAAAGCGCGGGCGCUUUCUCGGUACAUAGAAGAGGAAGCCCUUGGAACUGAUUGGCUCGAUAAUUGGAUACAAAAAGUUAAAAUGCUUCUACUUGAAAUAGAUGAUUUAGAUACCAAGGGAACCGGGACACUAAUAGAAUAUAGAUAACCUGAAGAAUUAUUGUUUGGUCCCUCGAUGCCCGGAACCCGUAAGCACGAUGCGUGUAUGACUGUAUGUAGGACUACUGACUAAAGGCUGGCAGGAAGGGUGUAGGGAUGUUUGUAUGCCUAUUGUUUAAAGGACGGCAAAUUUAACAGACAAUGAGAAGAUAACUGUUUUUUGUGUGGAAACAAUUAGACCCAAAAGGAACUUCUCAAAAAAAAAAAAAAAAUCCGGACCAGCUUAAGCCCUAUAAUAGCAAAUGUCGAGGAUGUGUUCAGCAUGGUUUGGUUGUGUCUUUACGAAGAUGUGUGCAUUUUGGUGUACGUUCAAAUUAAAAGGGAAAAAAAAAAGAAUAGCUUGCC